UGAGUUCUAGUACCGAUCUCACGGCGCGACGUCAUCGGUUAGUCUAUUUUUGCAAAUGGACCCUGAAGGUUUGUUUACUCGUUGUAAGUGAAGAAUUCGCGAGAAAACAUGGUGGAAAUUUGACUUUCCACCACACUUAGUGCGUGUAUUGUCGCCAAGGGACGCUCUGUGAUACCAAUAUUGAGUCUCCAAGUCAGGUGAACAUCGCGGUUUUUUUCGUUGUGGUGUCGCAGAGGAAAAAGCCACCAGGAAAAUGACGAAGAAAUUUGAGUUCAAUUGGCAAAUCCCCGUGCCGGAGCCACUCCUCACGGGCUCGAUGUUCGAUCGAUGGACAGAGGAGAAGGACAACAUCGAGACGGAGUUUGGGUGCCUCUUCAGGGUGGAUGAAUAUGGAUUCUUCAUCUAUUGGAAGAGCGAAGGCCGCGAAGGCGAUGUGAUCGAACUGUGCCAAGUCAGUGACAUUCGUGCUGGAGGUCUUCCGAAAGAUCUGAAGCUAACCAACCAACUUCUGGCACGUCACGGCGAAACUCUCGAGGAGAAAUCUCUGACCAUCUGUUCAGGAACGGACUACAUCAAUGUCAACUACCAACACAUUAUUUGUCCCGACGCAGCAACGGCAAAGAUUUGGCAGCAAGGAUUGCGAGAUAUUACACAUAAUGUUAAAAUGAACAAUGUUUGUCCCCGGACGAAUUUAAUGAAACAUUGGAUGCGCCUCGGAUUCCUCGUUGAUCCCCGUGGAAAAGUACCAGUGAAAGUCGUGGCAAGGACCUUUGCUUCAGGAAAAACUGAAAAGCUGGUGUAUCAGUGUCUGGCUGAUUUGGGUCUUCCAAGUGGCAAGAAUGAUACAAUCGAGAAGGAUGACUUCACCUUUGAUAAGUUCUACGAGCUGUACCACAAGAUCUGUCCCAGGAAUGACAUUGAGGAGCUCUUCCAGAGCAUCACAGAGGGAAAGGCGGAGAGUAUAAAUUUGGAGCAGUUCAUCAAUUUUCUCAACGAAAAGCAGAGAGAUCCAAGACUCAAUGAGAUUCUCUAUCCUUUCUAUGAUGAGAAGCGAGCCUUUGAGAUUAUAGAGACGUACGAGCAGGAUCCAGAGGCCAUUGCAGGGAAGAGAUUGACAAAGGAUGGAUUCAUUCGCUACCUAAUGUCGGACGAGAAUGCGCCAGUCUUCCUGGAUCGCCUGGACAUCUACAUGGACAUGGACCAGCCACUGUCGCACUACUACAUCAACUCUUCCCACAACACCUACUUGUCCGGGCGCCAGUUCGGCGGGAAGAGUUCGGUGGAGAUGUAUCGGCAGGUUCUCCUGGCCGGGUGUCGGUGUGUCGAGCUGGAUUGCUGGGAUGGCAAGAGUGAGGAUCAGGAGCCGAUCAUCACCCACGGAAUGGCGAUGUGCACCGACAUUCUCUUCAAGGAUGUCAUCUUGGCCAUUCGAGACACAGCAUUUGUCACAUCGGACUUCCCCAUCAUUCUGUCCUUCGAGAAUCACUGCAGUCGCUCGCAGCAGUACAAGUUGGCCAAGUACUGCGACGAGAUCUUCGGGGAUUUGCUGCUGAAGGAGCCCAUUCCAGACUAUCCACUCGAGCCGGGAGCCGUUCUUCCGCCCCCGUCGCUGCUCCUGCGCAAGAUCCUGAUCAAGAACAAGCGACUGAAGCCAGAGGUGGAGAAGCGAGAGCUGGAGCUCUUCCUCGAGGGUCAGUUUGUCAUUGAUGAGAAUGAGGAGAAGGAGGACGCCAGCACUGUGGUGGAGGCGAAGAAGCCAGAAGAAAUCGUUCCAAUACCAGCUGCAGCAUCGCAAGAUGGUGCAGAUGCCGAAGUGGCGGCUGUUCAGUACACGGGAUCCACCACAAAUGUCCACCCGUGGCUGUCGUCCAUGAUCAACUAUGCGCAGCCGAUCAAGUUCCAGACCUUCGAGGCGUCCGAGCAGAAGAACAUCCACCACAACAUGUCGUCCUUCGCCGAGACGACGGGCAUGAAUUUGCUGAAGCAGCAGGCAAUUGACUUUGUCAACUACAACAAGAGACAAAUGUCACGAAUCUAUCCCAAAGGCACGCGCGCGGACUCUUCGAACUACAUGCCGCAGGUGUUCUGGAAUGCCGGCUGCCAGAUGGUGUCGCUCAACUUCCAGACCUCCGAUCUGCCGAUGCAGCUGAACCAGGGCAAGUUCGAGUACAACGGCAACUGUGGCUACCUCCUGAAGCCGGACUUUAUGCGGCGCGGCGACAGGAACUUCGAUCCCUUCGCGGACGCGCCCGUGGACGGCGUGAUUGCCGCCCAGUGUGCCGUCCAAGUGAUUGCUGGUCAAUUCUUAUCGGAUAAGAAGGUGGGAACAUAUGUGGAGGUGGACAUGUACGGCCUGCCGUCCGACACAGUGCGCAAGGAGUUCCGGACGCGAAUGGUGCCCGCCAACGGCCUCAAUCCCGUCUACAAUGAGGAGCCCUUCCUCUUCCGCAAAGUCGUCCUGCCGGACUUGGCUGUGCUGCGCUUCGGCGUGUACGAUGAGAACGGGAAGCUGCUGGGGCAGAGGAUUCUGCCACUGGACGGCCUACAGGCGGGAUACAGACACAUUUCCCUCCGCACGGACGCCAACUUCCCCAUGUCGCUGCCCAUGCUGUUCUGCAACAUCGACCUGAAGAUUUAUGUGCCGGACGGCUUUGAGGACUUCAUGGCGGCUCUCAGUGAUCCCAAGGGCUUCAACCAAGCCGCCAAGGAGAGGUCCAGCAACAUGAAGUCGUUGGGCAUCGAGGAGACCGGCGGCGGUGAUGCGAAGAUGGAGAAGAAGGAGGAGAAGAAGGAGGAACCGCCACUUGUCUUUGAUCCCAUCAACUUGCACAGCGUGAAGCAGGACAAGGGCUUCCAGAAGAUCGCGCGGAAGCAGCAGAAGGAGCUGGAGGCGAUGAAGAAGAGGCACGCCAAGGAGCGCUUAGCCACGCAGAAGCUGCACAAUGCGGCGCUGGAGAAGCUGUGCAAGGGCAAAGGCAAAGAUGAAAUCAAGAACGAUCCGUCCGUGCGAAAGGUGAUCGCCGAGCAGAUCACGCAGUGGACGCAGAUGGACAGUGCCCACAAGAAGGAGGAGUGGGAGACGCUGCGACAGCAGCUGCAGGACCAGAUUGAUAUCCUCAAGAGGAUCAUGGAGACCAAUCAGUUGGCGCAGAUGAAGCAACUGGAGGCGAAGCACGAGCGCGAGGUGAAGGAAUUGAACUCGCGACAGGCGAAAAUCUCAGUGGAGACGUCCAAAGAAGUGGCCAAUGACAAGACGCUGAAGACCAAAGGCGAGAAGGAUCGUCGGUUGCGUGAGAAGAAGCAGAACAACAUCAAGCGCUUCAUGGAUGAGAAGAAGAGUGCAACGAUCAAGCAGGGACGAGAGAAGGAGAAACUCAAGCUCACGCAUGACAAGCAGCUUGAGGAGUUGAAGCACGACAUCCAGAAGCUGAUGGAUCUCUACAAGCUCGAGGAGGAGGAGUACAAUUUGUCACCAAAAACUGAGAUUUUCGCUUAGUUUUCUCACUAUAUCUUUGCGCAUUAAUUUAUUGUUGAACAUUUCGUGAAGAUGAGCUCCUUUUAAAUGUUAUACCGUCUCAAAGAAUCAAAUUAUUUAUCACUUUCAAUGUGUUGUUGAUACUGUACACCCUGUACACGUUUAUUGUGGAAGAGGAGAUGAGCAAAUGUUGGCCAAGAAUGCGAUUUAUUGAGCAAGUUACUAAACUAUGAUAAAAAAAAGCUCCUUAGCGAAUUUACAACCACCAUUUUAAAUUUAUAUUAUCUCAUUAUUAUAUUAAACAAAGUCACUAAAGUAAAAUAAAUACAACAAAACGAA